CAUAUAAAUACUAAGACACCUCCUCUCACAAAGAAAAAAGAAAACACAUAUUUAAAAUACAAAAAAUAAAAAAAAAAAAUUUCCAAUCAACCUUCUUCAUCAUUUCUUUCUGUUAAACAAAGGUUGUGUUUGUUAAACAGACUUCAAUGGUGAAGGAAUCUGCUCGUAAGUGUUCACAUUGUGGCCACAACGGUCACAAUUCAAGAACGUGCAACCUUGACAAUGGUAAAGGGCCGGUUUGUUUGAAGCUUUUCGGUGUAACAAUCGAAAAGCAGCAUGAGGAAUCGUUGAAGAAGAGCUUAAGUAUGGGGAAUCUGACUGCGUAUUGUGCCGAUCAUAAUAACCAUUCCAGUGCCGGUGAUUCUCAUGAGUCUGGUUAUCUUUCUGAUGGUCUAAUUCAUAAUUCCAGACAUAAAGCUGCCCAUGAAAGGAAAAAAGGGAAACCAUGGACAGAGGAAGAACAUAGAAUUUUCCUAGCUGGGUUGAAGGAACUUGGUAAAGGUGAUUGGAGAGGAAUAUCAAAGAAUUUUGUCACUACCAGAACGCCUACACAGGUUGCUAGUCAUGCCCAAAAGUACUUCCUUAGGCUGCAAGCUGCAAAUGAUAAGAAGAAACGCAGAUCAAGCCUUUUCGACAUGACUUUCCAGGAUUCUGAUAUAACUUCUCAUGAUUUACCAGUAGUUUCAGCAGUAGAGAAAGCUACUGAAAAUAAUUCAAAGGCUAGUAGUAGCUCUCAAGUUUUGCCAGUCAAGAACACAGUUGAUAACCCAGCACUGGUCAUCACUCCUGCUCAGAUUAUGAACCAAUUCCCACAUCUGUGUUUGGAUAGCCCACGGGUCGUGGUUCCUAUUGCUGCACCUUCCUCCGGUUUUCCAAGCUACCAGGCAAUGCCAUUUGCGGUUAGAGUUCCUAGUGAUUUACCAAUUAUCCCAAUGGUGAACUUUGGGAGACAAAAUUAUUCAUAUGUGCCAAUAAACCCAGGAAGAUUUGCUACUUGUGGACCUGUUAUUGCCCACCCGUCUGGUAUUCCAUCUCCAAGGUCUCUCCCAACCAGUCCAUAUGAUCAUAUUCAUGAAGGCCGUGGAGUUUCAUCGGCUCAAAAAGAUGGUUUAGAGCUUAAAAUUGGACCUCCUAAGGCACCCCAAGGGUCUAAAUUAUCUUCCCCUGCAUCUGGGGCCAUUAGCGUCACAUAAAAAAAAAAAAAAAAAAAAUUAAUAUAAGAAAAGAUAAAAUCUUUAAGUUUUUAAAGAUUAAUCAUUUUUGCAAUUUUGAUGCUUUUUUGUUGUGUCGGAACUAGAAUUAGAUGAUGUCUGAGUUUACAAAUUUCAAUUGAAUGCAUAUUUUUCAAAAAUACUGUUUCAAAGUCUUACAAUUCGUUUGUAUAGAACUGUUGGAUUUUAGGUUGUUUAUGUAAUAGCAUUUUUGCCUAGCUAAUUUAAGCCUCAAAACCAUUUGAAAC